GUGCGGUGAAAUUCCUGGCGGGGGGAGCAGGAGGUGGCGGCGCUGAGGGCUCGGAGCAGGAGGCGGAGGGCGGCUCGGAGCCACGGCCGCGCUGCCCUGCCCGGGACCCUGCGUGCUGUGGCGGCCGGCGCCGAGCCAGACCCCCGGCGGGCGCGGAGCGGACGGGCUGAGGGACGCUCGCCGCCACCUCUCGCAGCGCCAGGAGCCGCGCCGUCCCCGCCGCCGCUGGGACUCCCUCCCCGGGCAGAGCAGGGGAGAAUGACGGAGCUCCAGUCCGCCUUGCUACUGCGGAGACAACUAGCAGAGCUCAACAAAAAUCCAGUGGAAGGCUUUUCAGCGGGCUUAAUAGAUGACAAUGAUCUUUAUCGAUGGGAAGUCCUUAUUAUUGGUCCUCCAGAUACACUAUAUGAAGGUGGUGUUUUCAAGGCUCAUCUUACUUUUCCAAAAGACUACCCACUGAGGCCGCCAAAAAUGAAAUUCAUCACAGAAAUCUGGCAUCCGAAUGUUGACAAGAACGGCGAUGUCUGCAUUUCAAUUCUUCAUGAGCCUGGAGAAGACAAAUAUGGCUAUGAAAAACCUGAGGAACGCUGGCUUCCCAUUCACACAGUGGAAACUAUCAUGAUUAGUGUUAUUUCUAUGCUGGCAGAUCCCAAUGGUGAUUCUCCUGCUAAUGUUGAUGCAGCGAAAGAAUGGAGAGAAGACAGAAAUGGAGAAUUUAAAAGAAAAGUUGCCCGCUGUGUAAGAAAAAGCCAAGAAACUGCUUUUGAGUGACACUUAUUCAGCAGCUAGUAGCUUCACUUUUUUCAGGGUCUCCAAUUGAGAAACAUGGCACUGUUUUUUUUCCUGCACUCUACCCACCUAUUGCUGGACUUCUGUUGUUACAAGUUGGCAAACACUGGCUGGAACUGGGCUGCAAUAAAACAUGCCAGUUAUCAAUGCUGACAAGAGCCUAACAAGUGCCAACACAAGAUGAUUACGCAUUUUGAAAUCUAAUGAACUGCUUUAACCUUCAGGAAGAAUUGUAAAGAUGUGUACAUAGCACAACAUGAUCCGGAUAAUAUAUAUACUGUUCAUGUACAUCCACAAAUACACAUUGUACCAAAUAAUGCUGUCUGUAGUUAGGGAUAGAAUUGUGUAAAUUCUAAAGAUUUUAGCAGGUUUUUUCUCUCCCUAUUCAUUGUUUCCUGAGUUAAAAAAAACAGCAACUUGUGAAGCAUGUCAAAACCAAUUAGGAUACUAAGUUGGUUUAUUUGGUUUUGGUUUUUUUUUUUUUUUCCCCUCCCACUUUAAUUUUCCUUUGACCCACCGAGGCUUAAUUAAAAUUUCUUGCUUAUUAAAGUUUAGUUUUUUGUUUUUUUUUUUUUUUUUUUUUUUUGGUUUUUGGAAAUGUGGUCCCUUUUAUUUCCCCCAUCAGAACUCUACGAUUUUCCUAAUUAAACCCUGAAAGGAUUUGCUAUGAAUUACUUGUGUCUUCUUUUAUGAUGACCUUUGUAAUCUCAAAGGUGCUUUUUUUUCUUCCCACCCCUUUUUUAAACCCAGUUACUCAUCAUUCUUGAAUUUGGUAUAGCAAUAAAACUGGCCAUGGAGCACCCUUGA